ACUUAUAUCAGACACCACAACAAACAAGCAGGCGAUUGGCAAUGGAGCGUCUAAGGAUUGCCUUGUGGUCCUGGCUACCUGGGAACCUCUCUCAGCUUUUCUACUUGACUCUUGCCUUAAUCCUUACCUCUGUGAGUCUGAAAGCCAUCCAGCUAUUUCAGGCAAGGCAGAAACUGCUCAAAGGCUUUCAGAAUUUCCCAGGACCUCCCAGUCACUGGCUAUAUGGCCAUACUCAUAUGAUGAAAGCUGAGGAUGAACUAAAAAAUCUGGUGAAAUGGGCAGAAGAAUUUCCACUAUGUUUCCCUCUGUGGUAUGGCGGAUUCCUAGCUUUUUUGGCCAUCAACCACCCUGAAUAUGCAAAGGCAGUUUUCAGCAGAGGCGAUCCUAAAUGUCUUAUAAUUUACAACUACUUCCUUCCAUGGAUUGGAAGAGGGUUGCUAGUCCUGAAUGGGCCGAAGUGGCAGCAGCACCGGAAGCUGCUCACCCCGGGAUUCCAUUAUGAGAUUCUGAAGUCAUAUGUGACUCCCAUGGCUGAGUCAGUCAAAGUGAUGCUGGAUAAAUGGGAGAAGCUGGUCCAUGAAGACCCAGAGGUAUCAGUGGAGAUGUUUGGACAUGUCAGCCUGAUGACCCUUGACAGCAUCAUGAAAUGUGCUUUCAGUUUCCAGAGCAACUGCCAGUUGAAUAGGAAUAAUUCAUAUGUGAAAACCAUCUCUGACCUCACUUUCCUAGUUUAUCAGAGACUAAAGACGCCUCUAUACCACAAUGAUUGGAUUUACUGGUUUAGCUCUCAAGGGCAUCAAUUCCGCAAGGCCUGUAGAUUGGCCCACCUCCACACAGACAGAGUAAUUCAGGAGAGACAAGAGGUCCUCAAGAAUGAGGAAGAACUUGAGAAGAUCCAGAAGAAGAGGCGCCUGGACUUUCUAGAUAUUGUUCUUUGUGCAAGGGAUGAAAAAGGAAAUCCAAUGUCUCAGGAAGACCUUCGUGCCGAGGUGGACACUUUCCUGUUCAGAGGUCAUGAUACUGUAUCCAGUGGGAUCUCUUGGCUGUUUUACUGCUUGGCCCAAAAUCCUGAGCACCAGCAGAGAUGCAGAGAGGAGAUAAAAGAGCUCCUUGGGGACCAAGAAACUAUUCAAUGGGAUAUAUUGGGAAAGAUGAAGUACACCACCAUGUGCAUUAAGGAGAGUCUUCGACUUUAUCCUCCAGUACCCCUUAUAUCUCGAGUAUUGAAUUCACCCGUGACAUUUGAGGAUGGACAAAGCUUUCCAGAAGGUUCCCUUGUUGCAUUGAACAUAUUUGGACUCCACAGAAACCCUGAAGUAUGGAAAGAUCCUGAGAUCUUUGAACCAAUGAGAUUUGCCCCAGAGAAUACAAAUUUGCGCCAUCCCUUUGCUUUCCUUCCUUUUGCUGCUGGGCCAAGGAACUGCAUUGGACAGCAGUUUGCCAUGAUUGAGAUGAAAGUGGCUCUUGCCUUGACUUUGCUCCGGUUCGAACUGAAACCAGACCCAGCAAGGCCUUCGAUUCCUGUGGUUCAGAUUGUCACAAAGUCUGAGAGUGGGGUCCAUCUGAAAUUGAAGAAACUCCUUUGAAAUGCCAUGAGUGUGUAGCCCUGAUGCUCUGAAAUGCUUCCAGUGGACUAUAUCCAGUAGUGGAACGAAUCCAGCAGCUGAGACUUACUACACUGUGGAAUUGCUUCAUCUUUAAUUACAAUAUGCAAAUAAUCUGCAACCCUCUACCUAGAAUAUGUUUUCAAAAACUGGAUGUGAAACUGUUACUUGCUUUUAUCUAAUUACAUCUGGGAUUUGCCAAAACUUAGGUUGGAGUGGAGAAUAUAA